GGCACACAUACAUUGACAUAAGUGUACAUGAUACAAGCAUCAAUUUUGUGACAGUUUUUUAAUAAAUUAAAUAUAAAAAUGGCAUUUGUAGAACCUUCACAACAAUUUGCAAUGGGAACAAACAAUAUAAUGGGUUCAGAUUGGAUGACAUCCGAACACAGUACAGGAACAUCUAUAAUGGCUGUUGAAUUUAAUGGUGGUGUUGUAAUUGGCGCAGAUUCACGUUCAACAACAGGAUCAUACGUUGCUAAUCGAUAUGCGGAUAAAUUGACAAAAAUAACUGAUAACAUUUAUUGUUGUCGAUCCGGUUCCUCUGCAGAUACUCAAGCAAUUUCAAGUAUUGUAGCCUAUCAUUUGGGUUUUCAUCAAAUGGAAUUAGGAGAACCACCAAAGGUAGAAACUGCCGCUAAUGUUUUUCGUGAAAUGUGUUACAAUUAUCGUGAUUCUCUGAUGGCUGGAAUUCUCGUUGCCGGAUGGGAUUCACGAAAAGGAGGUCAGGUUUACAGUGUUCCCAUUGGUGGUAUGUGUGUUCGUCAACCAAUUUCCAUCGGUGGUUCAGGAUCAACUUAUGUUUAUGGAUAUGUUGACGCCAAUUACAAACCCAAUAUGACAAGGGAUGAAUGUGUUGAAUUAGUUCAAAACACACUUGCUCUUGCUAUGGCUCGAGACGGAAGCAGUGGAGGCGUUAUUCGCAUUGGAGUAAUCACCGAGAAAGGAAUUGAACGCAAAGUAAUUCUAGGAAAUGAAUUGCCAAGUUUCUACCAAGAAUAAGUACUUUAAUUUCCGUAUACACAUUUCGUUAACAAGAAUAAUUUUCUAAUCUUCAUUUGGUUAAUAAAUUAAUUAAAAAAAAAAAGAAUAAAA